AUUCAGGAACACUCAAAGUCUGGAUCACUACAAACUUUGACAAACUUCUCUCCGAGUACUUUUACAAGUACUCCCUCUCUGCUUUGUGUACUUCUACCAUCAGAGUACUUUCUGAGACGAACAUGUUCAUACUGUGAUGUCAUAUAUAUUCAGAGUAUUUGUGUUACUCCUUGUGCUGCAUAGUCCAGCAGCCGCCCUGAUCCUGGACCACCACGGUCCCGUUUGCCGGUCUCUCCUGACUCGCCUUAUCAAUACAAGUGAUCAGAUCCAUGUUCUGGACCAGUGCUGUGUGAAACCUGGUCCUGGACCAGGGUAGGUCCAGGACCAAGUCACUGAUGAAUGGUCUCUGAUUGGAGGACAGCCAAACAUAUUGAAACUAAAUGAUUGUUUCGCCUGGAAACCCAACUCUGAACUGUGUGUCCCGGUCCCGGUCCCGGUCCCGGUGUGCCCCUGCAGGCUGCAGCAUGGAGCGCUCCGGCAGCAUCCAGCUGGACAUCCCUGACUUCAGUAACUCGGUCCUGGUGCACCUGAACCAGCUGCGGGUCCAGGGCCGGCUCUGUGACAUCGUGGUCAACGUGCAGGGUCAGAGCUUCCGGGCGCACAAGGUGGUCCUCGCCGCCAGCUCUCCGUACUUCCGGGACCACAUGUCUCUGGGCCAGAUGAGCACCGUGUCGCUGACGGUGAUCCGGAACCCGUCCGUGUUCGAGCAGCUGCUGAGCUUCUGCUACACGGGCCGGCUGCGGCUGCAGCUCGCCGACAUCAUCAGCUACCUGACGGCCGCCAGCUUCCUGCAGAUGCAGCACAUCAUCGACCGCUGCACCCAGAUCCUGGAGGGCAUCCACCUGAAGAUCGGCCUGGCGGACCCGGACGAGGACCCCCGGGGGGGGGAGGCGGUCCGGGGCUCCGGGAACAGCAGAACCCUGGAGGCCACGGUGCGAGCGGGCGGCCACCACGCCGGCCCGCGGCCGCUCGCCGCCAGGGGGGGCGCCGAGGCGUGCGAGGCCGUCAGCCCCGCCGAGGAGACCCUCGGUCCGCCGCCCCCCGCGGAGCACGGUGGACUCGAGGGGACCGGGGCCCCCGGCAGAGCGGGAAAAGAACCGAUCCUUCGCAUCAACCGGGCAGGUCAGUGGUACGUGGAGACCAACAGCGAGCUGGAGCGGACCGGCAGCGCCGAGGAGGGCGUGGCCACGGGCCGCGUGAGGAUCAAGACGGAGAGGAUGGAGGACUGGAUCGGAGCGGGGGAGCACCAGGAGGAGGGGGGGCCGGCGGAGGACGGCGCCACCGUGAUGAUCGACACCUCGGGGCGCAGCACGCUGGUGGCGGCGCCGGGGAACCGCAGCACCCAGCCGUCCUCCAGCGAGACGGACAGGUUCAGUCCCUCGGCGGUGGUCUUGUCGGAGCGUCAGAGGGCAAAGAGCGAGUCUCCAAGCCGAGCAGACGAGCUGCGGCAGCCCGGCUCCCAGGGGGAGGAGCAUGCAGCGUUUGAUAUGGGGGGCUACGAGGACUACCUGAGGGAGCAGGUCGGGGACCGCUGGUACCGCUACAACCCGCGGCUCACCUGCAUCUACUGCUGCAAGUCCUUCAACCAGAAGGGCAGCCUGGACCGCCACAUGCGGCUCCACAUGGGCAUCACGCCCUUCGUCUGCCGGCUCUGUGGCAAGAAGUACACCCGCAAGGACCAGCUGGAGUACCACAUCCGCAAGCACACGGGCAACAAGCCCUUCCACUGCCACGUGUGCGGCAAGAGCUUCCCCUUCCAGGCCAUCCUCAACCAGCACUUCCGCAAGAACCACCCGGGCUGCGCCCCCCAGGAGGCCCCCAGCGCCUCCCCCGAGACCACCGUCGCCUCCAGGGGAGGGCCGAGCGCCGAGGCCUCCCCCGGCCAGGAGGAGCCCGAGGGCGGCGGGGGCCCCCAGGCCUCGGUCUCCACCACGGGGCCCGACUGACCCCGAGGAAGGGAGGGUCCCGUGGGUGGGUUCAGGGCCGCUCUGAUCCUUUUGCACCUGAAGCCAAGACAACGCUGAACCGCUGAAGUGGACCAGCGCCAGGAAGGACCGCCGAGUCCGGACUGAGAGGAUUUCUCCGUUUUAAACCGCAUCUACCUUCAGGAACGGAGCUCCAACCAAGGAGCUCCACCCCCCACAACCUCAUGCACCGCCAACCUCCUGGGCCUCGGGGCCUCGGGGGCCUCGUCUGCUUUAUGUUACAGAUUUCUACUUUUAUAUCGCGUCGCAGGUCCACAACAGUCUGCUGGACCUUUGCCAAACUGCUCGGUGCCGGUUCAACAGGUCUUCAGUUCUGACUCGAGACAAUCUGGAGCAGCAACAGUGAUAAUAAUGAUAAUCAUAAUGAUAAUCAUAAUGAUAAUCCUGCGGGCUCUUUGAACGCCGUAGACCAUCAGAGCUUCUUCACUUCCUCGUGGAGCUUCUGUUGCUUCUGCUGCUCAGUUUAUUGAUCAGUAGAUAUCAGAAUUAAGAAGCUGAAAAUUACUUUCCUAACUUUGACUUCAAAAUCACCUCAAAUUACUUAAUGUGGGCAAAAUAGUUGCAGAAGAAUUUGAAACAACAUAUUUGACAUUUAAUCACUUUCUGUUACUUAAUAUAAACUAAAAUAAAUUAUAUUGUUACAUGCAAGUAGACUGAGGG